AUAGUCUUGAAAAAUAUGGAUCUCAAUAACACUGUUUUAAAAAUACAAAUACCAGCUGCGCACGCUUCUCUCCGUUGUCCUUGUCGCCUACGCUGCCGCCCCAUGAGCGCCCCGACGCAGGUGGUCAACUUCGGGCCCGGGCCUGCCAAGCUACCGCGCUCGGUAUUGUUAGAGAGCCAAAAAGAACUAUUAGACUACAAAGGAACUAGGAUUAGUGUUCUUGAAAUGAGCCACAGGUCGUCGGAUUUUGCCAAGAUUAUUAACAACACAGAGAAUCUUGUGCGGGAAUUGUUAGCCAUUCCAGAUAACUACAAGGUGAUUUUUGUGCAAGGAGGUGGGUCUGGCCAGUUCAGUGCUGUCCCCUUAAACCUGAUUGGCCGGAAAGCAGGAAGGUGUGCUGACUACGUGGUAACGGGCUCUUGGUCAGCUAAGGCCGCAGAAGAAGCCAAGAAGUUCGGGACUGUGAAUAUCGUCCACCCCAAACUUGGGAGUUACACGAAAAUCCCAGAUCCAAGCACCUGGAACCUCAGCCCGGACGCUUCCUAUGUGUAUUACUGCGCUAACGAGACCGUGCACGGAGUGGAGUUUGACUUUAUCCCUGAUGUCAAGGGGGCAGUGCUGGUUUGCGACAUGUCCUCAAACUUCCUCUCCAAGCGUGAUGUUUCCAAGUUCGGCGUGAUUUUUGCCGGUGCACAGGAGAACGUGGGCUCUGCUGGGGUCACCGUAGUGAUCAUCCGCGAGGAACUGCUGGGGUUCGCGCUCCGAGAGUGCCCCUCGAUCCUGGAAUACAAAGUACAGGCUGCAAACAGCUCCUUGUACAACACGCCCCCGUGCUUCAGCAUCUACGUCAUGGGCUUGGUCCUGGAGUGGAUUAAGAACAAUGGCGGGGCCGCAGCCAUGGAGAAGCUCAGCGCCAUCAAAUCGCAGAUGAUUUAUGAUAUUAUUGAUAAUUCUCAAGGAUUCUAUGUAUGUCCAGUGGAGCCCAAGUAUAGAAGCAAGAUGAAUAUUCCAUUCCGCAUUGGCAAUGCCAAAGGAGACGAUGCUUUAGAAAAAAGAUUUCUCGAUAAAGCUCUUGAACUCAAUAUGAUCUCCUUGAAAGGACAUAGGUCUGUGGGAGGCAUCCGGGCCUCUCUGUAUAAUGCUGUCACGAUUGAGGAUGUUCAAAAGCUGGCGGCCUUCAUGAAGAACUUUCUGGAGAUGCAUCAGCUAUGAACACAUCUUGACCAGUAUAUACUCUGCCCUUGAACAGUGUAUAAAAUCUAAAGUAACUUGGGAAUGAGGACAGAAACCUAGCAAACAUGGUAUUUUUCUCGAGUGAACGUGCUUAUUACAGAUCUCAGGU